AUGGAGGAGCCCGAGGUGAGCAUUGUGGUGAAGUUGGAGGGUGACUCGGAAGAGGAGAAAGAGGAGGGAGCAGCCCCCUGUCCCUCCCCCCCAAAGAUGGAGGAGCCCGAGGUGAGCAUUGUGGUGAAGUUGGAGGGUGACUCGGAAGAGGAGAAAGAGGAGGCCGCCGGGGGAAGCUGUGCCAAGGAGUUCCCCGACCGGGCUCAGCUGCGCAAGCACCAGCUGAGCCAUUCGGCCGACCGCCCCUUCCAGUGCUCGCAGUGCUCCAAGGCCUACAAGACGGCGCCGGAGCUGCGCAGCCACGGGCGCAGCCACACGGGGGAGAAACCCUUCCUCUGCCAGGAGUGCGGCAAGGCCUUCAUGCAGCCGGUGUGCCUGCGGGUCCACAUGGCCCGGCACACGGGCGACCUGCCCUUCCCCUGCGCCCACUGCGCCAAGAGCUACGGCACCCUCUCCAAGCUGAAGAUCCACCAGCGGGCCCACACCGGGGAGAAGCCCUACACCUGCGGGGAGUGCGGCAAGGCCUUCGCCGACCCCUCGGUCUUCCGCAAGCACCGGCGCAUCCACGCCGGCCUGCGCCCCUACCAGUGCGGCGCCUGCCAGAAGACCUACGGCUCUUCCUAG